AUGGCGGAACCCGAUGAAGUCGAAGAAGAUCUUUUCGCCGAUCUGUAUGAGGGCGACGAGAAUACGGGGUCUGGUAAUACUGCCGCUCCUGUGGCAACCCAGUCUGCUCCGAAUGACGCAGCCGCGAGAUCCAGUGAUGCCCCAGGAUAUGGUGAAGAGCCAGAGAUCGCCUAUGACCCCACAUCAUUUGAGACAGAACCCUCUGGUCAAGACCAUCCUAUAAGCGGCUUUGAUGGCACCCAAAACGAAAACAAAGAGCCAGACAGGCCGCAACCCGACUACGGUGGCAUCAACAUGAAGGAAGACGGGUGA